CGUAAGCUUUAUUUGUUUGUGUUUUGGCGUGUUUGUUCCUUGUUUCUCUUUGUACAAUGAAGACACGCUCUUUCGCUCUGCUGCCGUUGCUGGUGCUAUGCUUCAUGACAAUGCAAGUCGAGUGGUCGCAGGCCGUUCCUUGUGGUCCAGGAGACAUAUGCGACUGCACAGGAACGACCGCUGCCUGUGGAGACAAGGGUCUGACAACAAUCCCAACUGCCAUCCCUGCAAACACGACAUAUUUAUCUCUCUACGGAAACCUACUCACCAGCCUUGACUCAAACGCAUUCGCUCACCUACCCGCGCUGGCAGUCAUUGCGGUGAGCUACAACCAAAUCACUAGCAUUGCCGCAGACGCGUUCGCCGGGCUGAGCCAGCUGACUCAGAUAAUAAUGCACUACAACAAGCUGGUCAGCAUUCCUACAGAUGCACUUGCGGGACUGACUUUGCUUUCCAACCUGAAUCUGGCCUCCAAUUUGAUCACCAGCAUUUCGGCAAACGCAUUCGCUGGAAUGGUUGCGUUGGCAGAUCUGGCUGUUGGCGGCAAUCAAAUCACAAGCAUUCUGCCUGGUGCUUUUGCAACCUUAACUGCACUGACAAAACUGCAGGUGAACAGCAAUCGCCUGACCAGCGUUCCAGCGGAUGCCUUCAUCGGACUCACAAGUCUACAACACCUCACCUUCAACAUUAACCAGAUCACCAGUAUUUCCGCCAAUGCGUUCCCAGGACUGACUUCGCUGCUGACGUUAUUCCUUAACAACAAUGCAAUCACGAGCGUUUCCGGCCGUGCUUUCGAAGGGCUGACGGCACUGACCUACUUAACCCUGGAGCGAAACCAGAUUGCGAGCAUUCCACGAGCUGGAUUCACAGGGCUUCCCGCUAUUCGGAUCUUAACGUUGAAUGAGAAUCAGAUCACAAGUCUUCCGCCCAACGCUUUCACUGCCAUGACUACUCUGACCUCCCUGCCUUUGAAUGCGAAUCCGAUGACAACCCUGCCGCCUGGCUUGUUCAAGGGCUUGAAAAACGGUCUCAUCCUCAGUAGCUCCAACGCUAAACUCGCGCCGAACAACUUUAGCUUUGCUGAAAACACUGUUGCUCCGCCAAGCACUUAUGGUACUGCGACCCAGCCAUUCCAGUGCGACACAGCCUGUGCCACCUGCUACGCCGCCGGAAACAGCUCGUGCUGUGGAGCGAAUUGUCUGACCUGCAGCUCGGUCGAUGCAUGCACUCAGUGCUAUGACGGUUAUGAAAUGGCGAGUGGAUACUGUGUUGCGUCGGCGAGCACGAACGCCUCAGACGCUUCAAUUGCGUCGGUUGCGUCAACCGCAUCGGCAUCUGUCGCGUCGCUUGUUUCAGUCACAUCCGCCUUGUCUGCUUCGGCGGCAUCCACCGCUUCUGCGUCCGUUGCGUCUGUUGUGUCUGUUGUGUCUGAUGCGUCUGUUGCGUCUGAUGCGUCUGUCGCGUCUGUUGCGUCUAUUGCAUCUGAUGCGUCUGUCGCGUCUGUUGCAUCUGAUGCGUCUGUUGCAUCUGAUGCGUCGCUUGCUUCAGCCACUUUUGCUUUGUCCGCAUCGAUCGCAACUGCAUCGGUGGCGUCGAUUGCCUCUGAUGCGUCUGCUAGUGUUGCUUCUACGAUCGCGGCAUCGAUUGCCUCCGAAGCGUCUGCAGUCUCUGCCCUUGCGGCAUCCGCCUCGUCGGCAUCUCUUGCGUCGAUCGAGUCUCGUGCAUCUGCAUCUGCCGCAACCGCUUCGUCCGCGUGGCAGACAUCCGCAGCGUCGGCAGCCUCUCACAGACCGAACAACAGCAGCGAUGCCGCUUCAUCGUUGCCAAUCAUCGUUGGCGUCGUUGUCGGCUUGGCUCUUCUGUUGCUGCUGGUCCUAGUUGUGGCUCUGCGACGCCGUCACGUAUCAAAGGCAACCUCCGAUGGUGCCGGCACGCUCCUCAAGGGGCCGACUGAAUCGGAUCCUGUCCAUCAUGCAAGCUUGCCAGCAACGACCAUGCUCAACCCGACCUAUGAGGUCAUUGCCGAGAAAGCGAAUCAAGGCUUGUACGAAGAGGUCGGAACGGCCACGCGAGCUCCGGCUGGUUCCGCAGGACUCGUGUACGCUGAGACAUCGGCGGCUGCAUCCACAAUCCGCUCCCACGCGCCCGCCUCCACCAGCACAACCUACGCAACGGUGAUUAGCACGGCCGAGGGUCCGUUAGACGCCACCUAUGCAUCUGUGUCUGCAGUGUCUGGCGAGGUGAGCCUGAAUGAACUGGGAACUGCUGCUGCCUCCAACCCGUAUGCCGAAUCAACGUACAGCGAGCCCAUUGAUGCCCAACAUGCUUCUGUCGAGUAUGCCGAUCCUUCACUGCCAAGCCCUUCGACUGUUCGUGUGGCGAACUCGACCCCAGCCACCACGUACUCGACGAUAGCCGGAGCACCGUCGUCUGCUGCCAGCGGUGAUUACGAAUCGCUUGCCAAUUGAUGUUUUCAGAUGGUUGUCCUCCUUUGUGUUUCUGCUUUGUCUAUGGGUCUUUCAUUGUGUUGUCUUUGUCUUUGUAUCAGCGGUCGAUCUUGGUUUUGUGACCGUUUCAAGUUCCUUCUGUUGCAACAUCGUUGUUUUUUUGUUGCGAUUGUUUCUGUUGCAACUUCAC